UACACAUUCACUCAGUAUUGUUUGCAAUGGUGCCAGGUAAAACACAUGAUGUGGGCAGCAUGGGUUAUUAAUGAGAAUCAGAGAAAUACUUAUUGACAAGGACACUUCAGGUGCUCUCAGAAGACCAUUAUUUGGAUGUAUUUCCAGUAUUCUCAAGGAAAACAAGAACAUCAGCACUGGAAAAGUGAAUAAGUGCCAACUAUUGGGAAAAUAACUUUUUAGACCUGGAUUAUACUUCGAUUGAGACAAAGAGAAAAGGAUGGUGACUUUUUAAAAUGUCCUUAUGCCAUGGAGCUUUGCCUUGGAAUACAUCAGUGUAGGUUAUUGACUAAAUAAUGGAAGAACACUUUCUUGAAAAUAUUGUUUAGGAAGAUACCAAGUUAUCUGAAGAGUGAUUGCUCUGUUCUUAAUUCAACCAGUGCUUCAUUUUGGGCUUCAGAGGAGGUGGUAAGCCUUGAGAAUGGUAGAUUAUUUUCACAGCAUCACAUAGAAGCUGACUUUUUUCACCUGACAAUUGGAUGCUUUUUUGGCUCUUAAUUGAUAAAAUUGCUGAUAACAUUUUUCUGGGCGAAGUCCUCUUUAAGUAUUCACAAUAGGGUUAUUAUUACUAGGAAAACACUUGCAACAAAAAAACUUGAUUAUUAAAAAUAAUCGGAUUGAAAACCCUGAGCAGAAAUUAAGAGAACAGAUGUCAUUCUCACUGUAUUAACUGGAAACUGAGAUUAUCAUUUAGUGCACAGUGCAGUCUCGUCCUCAGGGGCCCCUCUUGUAACAUAAUUAACUCAAACAUCUGAUAUUGUCAACUGAGUGGGAAAAAAACUGAAGAUAGAUCUGUGGUUAAAGAUAUAAUGAGUUAAUGGGGGAAAGGACCAGAUGGCAAGACCGCAGGACACACAGUCACUCCAGGGGACGGAGUUCUGAGAGGCUUCUCUGAUGGGAUUUUUUAACAAAAAGAGCAUCCAGAUGUGUUUUCUAGGGAUUCUGAGAGAAACACUUUGAUACCUGGGGACAUAUGAUGUGACAAUAGUGAAUAUCCUAGAGAAUGGGUGGAACAGAAAACAAGAACACUAGAGAACUGGAUACAAGAUAUUAGCAUUAUUUUAUAUUCCGUUACUUAGGUUGAUAACUAUACACGGAAUCCUGGAGACAGACAUAUUCUCAUCCUUAGGGAAUGAAAAAUAGUAAAUUUAUAUUUUUUGUUCACUGGAUGUUUGGACAUAUAUCACAAGGCUUGGAAAGUCUCAUCUCCUAACUGGACAGAGCAGGGCUAUAUCAGAGCAAGGGCCUGGUAGCCUGAUCAUUAAUUAAUGACAAUCUACAUGCACAGCAGUCAAGGAGCAGAAUCAAUUAUGACAUAACAACCUGCAUUGCUUCCAAUAUUGCUGGUAGUGCAGAGGUAAUUGCACUGUGGAUCAGAGGCAUACACAUAAAAUGUGAGAGAAAAGUAACCGCAAAGUUUUUCUCUUUCCCUAUCAUUUCAUUGCCAAGUAGAAAAUUAAACAGUGUAGUGAUUAUUACAGAAAAUGAUGGAAUGUUUGGCAGUGGCCUGUGUUCCCAAGUGCCCAGCGGACACCUGAGAAGGGCAUCCAGAAAUUGGGCAAACUAUUUUGAUACAUUAUCGCAAGAUUUGUGGAAAAUUGUUUCAAUUAAAAGCUGAUCGGAGAAGGGAACAAGGCAUAAUUACAUAAACAUCAUUUAGGAAAUUAGGAUUUUGUUUCUCCUGGACGGAGCUUAAGUGCGGUUUUUACCAAUCAGACAAACCUCAGCAUGGCUCUUAGUUAAUUUUUCAACCACCAGGUCGGAAAAAGUGGAGAGAAAAUGUCAGAGGUCAGCUGAAUUGGUGUCAUUAAUGCUAAUAACACUUAUAUUACAAGUGAUAACUUCACCAUUAAGUGACCUCUACAGAGAUUUCUGGACUCUGAGCAAAGGAGGUUCACAAAGAGGACACCUGGGAUAUUUUUGCAAUUCUGUAAUUUUUUGGAAAGCAAAGACGUAAUUAUCAAAUCCAGUCAUAAGUAAAAUAAAUAUACUGAAUGCUUGAUCUCAAAUGAGAUAAGUGUAGAGUGAUUACAGAGAAAAUGGAAAGAGGUCAUCAAGGUUCAUUUGGAAUUGCUUGUAACGCUGUCAUUGUUGCUGGUCUUAACAAGCAUGUCAAGAAUAUCACAUCUGGCUCAGAAGAGAAUAAAAUGUAUCAAAGCAAAAACAAUACCCCGAAUACUGUAACAAGCUCCAGCUCAAAGGAAGGAGAAAAAGAAAAUUUUGAUAGCAAAAAUAAUCGGCAAGAUACUAAAAUUCGUCACUUAAAGGGAGUGAAAAAGCUCAUGUUUGACAGCAAAAAUAGUUUACCAAGCACUGAAGUUGUUUCUGGUGCCAAGUUGACAUCGGAGGGCAGAAUUAAUCAGCAAACCACUGCAAUCACAUCUUGCUCUAAGGUGAAAGAAACAGAGACCUAUGACAACAAAAAUAAUCAGCCAGGUUCUUGUAUAAACACUGAGAAACCUGAGCAGAGAUCAGAACAGCAGACAGGAGGGAGUGACAAGCACAAACAUUCUGUACAUAGCCACAAGUUCAUACCUCACUCUACACAAACAUACCAGGGAAUAGAUAUACACAAACAAGGCACUGGGCUCCUGAGUAAGGACCCUGAGAUGGAUCGGGUUUUUGCUGUUCCAACAGGAAUAGUGCUGCAGCGCAUGAAGCAGCUACAGGAGGGUCAUGUGGGUAGCAACAGGAUUGGAAGUCGGGCUGAAAAGAUAGAAACUGAACCAGUUUUGCUCAGUCCUGGUGGUGGCUUAAGCAAGCAGAGGAGCUCCUCAGGAUCAAAAAAAGGGCUGUCACAUAAAUAUCAACUGCAAGAGAAGGCAGUUCACUUUGACGGGGAUAAUUCUGCUUCUUUUGGAGACUGGAAAUACCACAGAAAUACAAGAGAUGUUAAAAAGGACGAGAUUCCCCAGAAAGACGUCAGUGGAAAUUUAAAAAGCAGAGUUGGUGAUAUUACACGUAAAAAUACCUUUGAUGAUCCAAUUUACACAAGCCGUGACACACCUCUGACACCUUUCAAAAUAAAGGUAGACUCUGGAGAAAUAUGCGCAAAGAAAGAUCUAUCUCUGCUACCACAGAAAUCAAGUGUUUCAGAAGAUGAGGAUCCCAGCACUGGGCAAGAACCUUGUAGAGAAAACACUUCAGUGCAAUAUUUUUCAGAAACCCAGAAGUCAUUACACUCACCGCCUGCCUGUAGUGUUAUUAUAAGGGGUGAUGCAGUUGAUAAAGAUACCAACAGAAAAAAGCACCAAACACAGGGGAAGUCAGAUGAGAGACUUGUAACUGCUCUCAGUAAUAUCACUGUUUGUAGCACCAAGGCACCUGAGCAAAAUCACAGACAUGGGUCUGGUGAUGAGAAAGAAAAAUAUGCCCAAAAUGAUGAUGGUUUUAUAAUUAGCCAAACCAAAGGUACCUCAAAAUGGGGAGGCAAGACUGAGAAAUAUCUGGCCAGAGAAGUUGGAAAAUUCAGUGCAAAAAUCGAGGAUUCUGAAUCAGCCAAAAAACUGAAUAUAAAUGGAACAAAGACAAAGGAAACCCAAGAGGACAAUAAGACAGCCAAUACAGGACCAGAUGUGAAGUCAGCCAGUGACAGUAAGACUAAGCAGGCAUAUGGCAAUUCUGUCAAAGCAAAAGCCUCACUAUUUGAGCAAGCAUCAAAGACUGAUGUUACUGAUUCUGUUGUGUCCCAACUAAAGAAAAAAUUGGCUAAGAAAACUCAUUGGAGCCCAAACCAUUCUUCUCCUUCGUCUUCACCACAAAACAAAGGUGAUUUUAGUUUUAAGAAACAACCAGAAAAAUUAAAACUCCAUUCCCCAGUUUCAGUUGUAAAUUAUAUCGUGACAGCCCCACCACCACCACCACCACCACCAGUGACAGAAUCUGUGCCACACAACAGCAUUCCCCAGGCCAGCAUAAACACAGAUCAGUCCGAGCAGUCAGACAGUGGGUCGUCAACAGCCACUGGUGACACUGUCAUGGGGAACACCGUCAGCUCAGAUGACAGCUCCAUUUCGAAUGGGAAACAGCACCACCAGCACCACCCUGGAGACCCAGGGGCCAGUGCAAGGAGAGAUAAUUUUGCCGCCAUAUCCAAUUCAUGGUCUAGUGGCUCGAGAUCCCACAGGAAUUUUGAGGGUUAUUAUAACUGCAGACAGGCCCAAGAUAAGUGGCGUCAACAUUCUGAUGGAUUUCAAGGUCCAGGUUAUUCCAACUGUUUAUCCAAAAAUUGGCGUUUGCACUCACCUCCUUUGCAUGACCGUUAUGACCAUUAUUGGGGCAAUGAAACAAAACAUUUAGCAUGGCAGGAUCACCCUUAUCAAAAAUUUAAGCAUUCCUCUGAUUAUCAGGGAAAAGAGCAGGCAAUAUGGAAAGAUGUUGAAAUGGCACGAGCAAAGAACAUUCCACCAGUAGACUCUGAGGAUACAUGGCGAUAUAAACAUGAUGGUAAAUUAACCCAGUACCCCUCGCCACCAGCUCAUGUAAGGUACAGUGAUAGCAAACAGAGGGCAGAUGACUUCCCAUACUCUGAUGUCCCGUAUAAUCAUCACGAGGGCUAUGAUGCACAAGUUGGCUCCAGUCAAGAAAUACGUAGUCCCUGUCAGAAAUGGGACAGAUACCCAGAAUAUUUUGAAUGUGAUUAUCCUCUAAGAGAAGAUUCAUUUUGGUCACAAAGAGAGAACCGGGACAGUGUUGUUAGAGAUCAGAGAGUUGUCUAUCCAGGCGACCAAGGUCUGAAUUACACUGGGCAUAAGGGGGUGAGAUACCAGGAUGAUUAUAGAUAUGACCACUUGGAAGAGAAGUACCUAUUCCCUGGGUCAGUAAGUGCAGAAUUCAACCCACCAAGAAUGUCUGAUGGCCAUAUUGAUUUUCGCAGCGAGCUUAAUUUGACAUCAGCCUAUCCUGAGACGAGGGUCAUCUGGGGUGAUGAUGACACUGAUCAGAGGCAUGGAAGUUGUGGUGCUGUGUAUUCCAUGCAAGAUGCUGACCUGCACUCUCCUGCCAGGUUUCCUGGAACGAAUGAUGGCAAUUAUGCCAGCAUAGACGCUUAUUCCAGGGAGGAGGAGUCCAGUUAUACCAGAGUUGAAGAUGGUUUAUAUGAAGACAAAAGAGCACACUCUGUUGAUGAUUGGGGUUCUGAGAACCGUUAUGCUCAGAGAGAUGAAGGGGCUGCCGCGAUUUAUGCCACUGUGAACAAAUGGAAGAAACAGGACAGAGAAAUUAUACACGAUGAAAAGGGAGACCAAAUCGGGACUCAAGAUCUGCCAUAUUUGGAAGCUCAGAGCCAAGAAGGAGAAGAAGUUGAAGAUGGGACCAAUUCCCCAAGAAGGUUAUCAUACCACAGUGAUUUACAUUUAUCACUGUCCAUAUCAGACAAUCAACCAACUUUGACUGGUCAAACUGACCAUCAGAGUAAAAAGGGACGUCUCUUUCUUCUCACCCUAUCCAACCCAACCUCGCCUACAUCUGAUAUAGAGAAAACAGCAGGCAGGCCGGGAGAUACCAAUACUGGAUUGACAGUUGAGGCUGUGGGUAGUGAGAAAAGGGAAAUGGAGACAGGAGCCAGAGGGGAAUCCCUUGACAGAGAAUUGAAAAGUGCUGUGAAGGCGCAGUGUGACAACAGAAGAUCAGGAAUGUAUGUGAAAGACACAUCAUUAAUUCUGGUCAGUGGAAACAACCCAGAAAGUUUAUCUGUAAGCAAUGAUACUAGGCAAAGGCAAAAUGCUUAUAAUUACCAGCUCUCCAAAGAGACAGGUUAUCCUCCAAAGGGCACUGUCGUGAAUGUGACUACUGGUGACACCUAUAGUUCAGAUGGGAAACCACAUGAUGACCUUAACAGUUUAGAUGAAAGAGCACAAGACAACCGUAAUUGUCUGGGUGAGGAGACAGGUGGUGACCCCUACAGUAGUUCACAUGAUUCGUAUGCCCCUCCCAUUUACCACACUGAAAUGAACAUGCAAACUGGAGCUGCCACAGAGUGUUUUAAUGGUGAUUAUUAUGACAAAUACCAGCCCAUCUCUGGUGGUUCUAAUGAUAAAGAGGAGAACAUUAAUUUCAAGCCAACAUCACCAUCUUUGGCAGUGAUGAUGGAAAAGAGCACCAAGACACAAGCUGUUGCCCCACAUUAUGUUCCCAAUAGUCAUGAAUACAAGGAUGGAUUUCAUAACAAACUCACAUCACCCAGUUAUGGUAAUGAGGAUGCAGUGAUCAGUGUCACACGUGUUGUCGGUGUAACAGAUGGAAAACCAAAUCAAAAGACAUUGCCAUGCUCUGCGUCCACGUCAGGAGUCAUUUCACCUAACAAGGUGCUUGAUGUUGGUGGGUGCUCUGGCUUAGAGGUAAAUGGUAAGACAUCAGAGACCUUAGAACCCUGUGAAGAUAACAAGGGGAAAGGAAUAACUGCAAAAGAGAAGGAAGUUGGUCAGUCUGAUUCAGUGGAAGAAGACAACACUGUUGAAAUUUAUAUUAACUUUCCACCUGCUGUACGGAACACUGCCAGGAAGGAUCCAAAUGAGAAAAAAAAUUCUUCAAAGUUUGAGUCAUUGCCAGCCUCAAAGAUAAAAGAUUCUUAUAAAACAAAAACGGCCUUAAAUGCUCAAUUUCCACUUGAUGUGUCAAGCAUGAGUAGAUGGAAUGCUACAUCUGGGGAAAGUGGGGAGAAACUAGGUAGGACUGUUAUUUCCAUUGAAGGUGACUCAGACAAGAUAAUGGAGUAUGGGGAUCCUACAAGAGACGAUGGUUGUGAAGUCAAAGAUGCAAAUGUUGAUUGUCGUUAUGUUAGCUAUUGUAUGGUGAGAACUGAAAUGGAAGGUGAUGAAGCGGAUGAACAUUCGCCACAAAUGGGUAUAGAUUCCCCACAGAGUGAGGACAAACAAGAAGAUGGACAGUGUGAAACCACAGUGCUGCAGAAAGAUGACGAAGACAUUGAGGAGAAUCAGAUAAUUUCUGGUUGGUCUGAAACGAAGUCAAAAGAAACUGAAGUAUGUAGCGAACAUAGGUACCAUAAACGUGAAGAGUCCGUGUUCUCCCCACCGCCAAAACCACCAAGAUCUAAACCACCAGAUAAUGUAUCCAAGGAUACGGAGUCAGAAUUGGCACAUUAUAAUGGUAGUAAUUUGAGUGACACGUUAUUAUUAGAGCACAAAGAAUUUGUGGAGGUUCUUUCUGGUUGUUCUAGCCCCCGUUUCAAAAACAAAAAGCAGAAACUACGCCAGGACCCAGGAGGCGAGUCUGAGACCUACCUUUCGUAUUUAUCCCCAAUUAUAGAUUGGAAGAAAUUGUUAAGGGUUCGACUCGAAGAUGAGUUUGGUCAUGGGGACGUUCGUUCUUUGGCUUCCAGUGGGCGGAGCACACCAUGUGAUUAUGCAGAUAGUGAUGUGGAGUGGCAGUCUGAAGAAAAACAAGACAAACAUUUUGAACUGAAAAGUCAACAUACUUCCACUAGUAGAAUGGGGUCGUCCAGCAAGCAAGGAGCUGGUCGCAGCAGCAGUCCCGUGGAGUCUAAAACCACAAGUCGUAUGAUCUCUACUGGAUCCAGUUACUCUGGGUCGCGCCGAGGCAGCGAUGAUUCUACGGAGUCCACAUCCAGGGAAGAUAGGAGGGAUUUAAAGAACACACUAGCAGAGCUAGAAGAAAAAUACAAGAAGGCAAUGAUGACAACUGCUCAGCUGGACAACGAGAAACAAGCCCUGGUCUACGAGGUGGACCUGCUCAAAGAUAAAGUAGAGGAACUGGAGGAAACUAUGUCAGAGGCACAGAGAGAGUGCAAGGAUAGGACGAGAGAAUUAGACAUGCAAAAAAGGGAUUUUAAAGAAGUACAGAGGGAAUUUGCUGUUCUAAAAGUACAGUUAGAGCAAAGAGAUAAACUUAUAGAGGAGCAUGGUUUAGUGCUGGUCGCCCCAGAGGCAGGAGAACCUGAGCUAAGUGCGGCAGAUCUCGACAGUAAAAAAGGGUUCUCAGCGCUGCUGGUCAGCCCUGCCACGGCACAGAUCCUGGAGAAACUGGGGGAAGGCUCAAUAGACGACAAAAUUAGGAGGUUAGCCUCAGAAAAAGAAGAGUUAUUAGACCAAGUUAAAAGGCUACGCCAAGAACUUGAAGAGGAGAGAGACAGGAAUUCUCUAUCUGCUAAGUACAGUCCAAAUAAAGCCCAGAUGAAUGGGCCCAGUGACGAACAUUUGGAGCAGUACCAGCGAGAGGCCAGUAAACAGGUACAGGAACACAAAGCUAAAUUACAAAAAGCAGAAGCAGAUAUUACAGCUUUAGAAGGAAACGUUAUCAGGUUAGAAAGUCAAGUUAAAAGGUACAAAGCUGCAGCAGACAAUGCAGAGAAGGCAGAAGAGGAACUGAAAACUGAGAAAAGGAAAUUGCAAAGAGAGCUUCGAGAAACGCAAAAUGUUGUGGAAGAACUUCAGAACCAGAACAGUCAUCUCAGCAAGAGACUAGAAAAAAUAAAAACUGCAAGAAAUGCAUUAGUAAAGCCAUGAGGAAACUAAGGAAGGAAGAAAAUGUAUGACGAGAGUGUUUUUCUUUUUAUAUCUAAAUGUGAUCUAAUUCCAUGAGGAGGCAGACAUUCUAAUGUGGUCUUUAUCAUCAGAUCUUCCAACAGCCUAGUGCAGCUGACCAGAAGACACUACCAUUUAAGGCUUUGCCAAAAGCAUUUGACAGAGUUGUGCUCUUCACAUUGCCCUAUUACAGAGGUUUCAGGAUGUACGUGACCUAAUUUCCCUCCCAGUUCUAGAGCGUAAGGAAUUGUAUGACACCCUUGUGACCCUUUUCCCCUCCCAGUUCUAGAGCCAAAGGAAUUAAACAAUAUACGCUUCCUAUUUCCUCUCCUAGCUCCAGAGUGAUAAUAAUUUUCCCAUUUUUUUCUGGGUCUACUUUUGCUGGAUGUUCUUUUCUACUGCAAUAUAAGUUCCUAGAGUAACAAGAAUAAAUUUUGUAGACUUAACAGAAGUUAAUCACACUGUUGGACUUGGAUUUUCCAAAUAAACAAUAAUUUGACAGCAGUUGCUAAAUGAAGUCCUGUUCUUCAAGGAGGACUUAGAAAUUCUACGCACUUUUCAAAAAGGCUGGUUACCACGGUAACUGUGCCCCCUGUUCUGGAGGAACUACAAGCUGGACAGGCAGCAAAUGUGUCACACUUGAAGAGAAAAGGAUACUCUACAGACCUUGCCGGAAAAAUAAUUUAUUGUUCCAAAUAAUGCAAUCAGCAGAUAAAUGCCAGUGAUAUCCUAAUGAAGCAUCAGUAGAGACAACAGCUUCUAGUUUGUUUCAUUGCCCUAACGGGCUCAUAUCUGCUAGAUAAUGUUAUUGCUGGGGUAAUUCCAGCAGCUUUAAUUGGUCAACAGAUCAGGAUGUUACUUAAUUCAGGGGCAACUAGAAGGAUGGGGGAGACAUGUGUUGUAGGAUUCCUGUUAAUUCCCAUCAGUUCAACAGCCCCUGUGGAAAACUGUUAAAAUCCUGGUUGUGCACUGAGAUUUGAAAUCAUGCUACAAUGCAAUUUAAUUGUAUUUGGAUAAAACCAUUCGGACGAUGUUGUAUCAUACCAGUUUCACAAUUUCGAUCAGGACAUUAUUUUACCAUUUACUGCAUAAUGAUUUGCUAUUUCUUUGGAGAACAUGUAAGCAGUCACAACUUGCUAGCUGACAAAGUAUAGUUAAGUGGUUAGGUGAUAGUCUUCUGAUGCUCAGUAAUCUUUUGGUAUGAGCAGUUUCAUCAUCAAUGUGUCUACUAUAACUAAUUGCUGGGUCACACAUUGAUGCUAGCCUUAUCAUGUUUCGCAGCCUGGCUAUGUAAAAUUUCAGUUUGGCCACCCUUUUUGAUGUAUCUCAUUUUACAGGCCCUCCGUUUUAUUUAUUUAUCUAUAUAUUUAUUUAUUUUAAUUUUGUUCGGAAAAGCUAAUGUUAUGUCCUAUGUUAUUAUAAUUGGAGGUUUUUCCACAUUUGGUGGACAUUUUUUAAUGCCAAAAAAUAUGAACAACAGAAAAUGCUGAUACCAAAUAUCUGUUUUUCUUCAAAAACUAACUAAGGCAAUUUUAUAUCAAGGAAUCUUUGUUUGGUGGGCACUGUACUACUCAGAUAUUGCAUCCAGAAAAUGAAAAUUCACAUAAAACACCCAUGCAAAAGGGUGGCCUGCAGGCUGAGGCUAUAAACCAUAUUAACACGACUGGGAAUUUUAGUUAAUUGGCCAAUUUCAGCUCAUCUGCCUUUGGUCUCUACUCAUGCCUAAAGAAAAAAAAAUGGGUGUAAAAACUUGGGACUCCCUCUCCUGCUGGUAGCACACGUUAUGUAUCUGCCUGAGCUCUUCGUUGCUUCACAUGGUAACUCUGGGAUGACCUCCUUAAUGUUAUCGUGACUUAAGAAAAUAUACACCAAAAUCAAGGGGCAUUUGGGUCAACAAAUAUAUGGACUAAGAAAAAAGCUUUUUGAUAUAGAACGGCUUUCAAGUGUCACAUAAAAAUAUAUGAAUAAAUUUUUUCUCUAUA